GAUAAAUAAGAUUCGCUGUUUACAUAUUGAAAUAUUUAUUUGAUAUUGCAGUGUUACAGAAGUAAAGAUGAACUCCGUGAAGGUGUUAGUUGUGGUGUUGUCGCUGCUCCUGGCGGCGGAGGGAGGCCGGGGCCGGAGGGAGUACAGCGGCGGGAGCAGCAGCGGCAGUAGCGGGGUGAGGAGAGCGAUGAGCGGGCUGUACCAGUCCAUCAGCUCCGUGGUUGGAGAGGAGAACAUGAAGGCUGUGCAUAAGUUCUUCUCUAAGAGCACCGAGAGGUUCGUCCAUGGCGUGGACGCUCUGCUGGAGACGCUCUGGCGCUCCUGGACCGACCUGCUGGACGCUGUGGGCGUCGACUCCUCCACCCUGUCGCACUACUUCAGCCCGGCCUCGGUGUCCGGCUCUCCGUCCCGGCUGGUGGUUCUGCUGGGCGCCGCGUUCCUGGCGUACUGGUUCCUCUCCCUGGUCCUCGGGGGGGUGUCGGCGGUGCUGCGGGUGGUGCUGGGGCGGUCCUUCUGGCUGGCGCGGGUGCUGUUCUUCGCGCUGGCGUGCCUGUACGUGCUGCAGAAGUUCGAGGGCGACCAGGAGAAGGCCGUGCUCCCCCUGCUGGCCAUCGUGAUCGUGUACUUCGCGACGGGCCCGCUGUCGGCGUACUGGCGGAGGGGGGGCGCGGCGGGGGCGUCGCUCGAGGAGAAGAUCGACGGCCUGGAGACUCAGGUGCGCCUCCUCAACAUCCGCCUGUGCAGGGUGAUCGACAACCUGGAGCGCGCCGCCGACCAAUGA